AUGACAGCUGGGAGCAAACUAUGGAGAGGUUGUGCUCGCUGGCUGAAUGAUUUAGGUGUUCUUGGCACAACAGAUGAAAAUGGGAAUUUGACAGAGUUUGCGUCAGUUUUGAGGUUAGUUUUAUUUUGAACAAAAAAAGCAUGGGAGACUAAAAAUUACUUUUGAAAAAUCGAUAAUCAGCUAUUUGACUUUGAUGGAAAUUGUAGAAUACAUUUUUAUAUCGAGUUCGAGUAACUUGAUUUGAAAUCAUAAAUGGGUUUAAAUUUUUCAGAAUUUUAGCAUUUACGAUUUGGAUCAGAUUCAUCCAUCUGAAAAGUAUAAACAAUUUUCACAUUGAACAUUUGUCGGAAAUCAAAAUUCUGUUAAUUUCAACAAUAAUUUCAAUCUUGACACGUAAUGGUAUUUUUAAACUUCCGAAAAUCCCUGCAAAAAAUAGCCUCUUCAACAAAUAUCGAAAAAAUAUCGAUAUCGAAUCAAAUCAAAUUAAAAUAAUCAUAAAAAUAAUUUUUUAUUGUUUUUUUUCCAGAGAUGGUGUAUUAUUGUGUCGUCUUGCCAACAUUUUAGUUCCAAAUUCGAUCGAUCAAAUAGAUAUAAUCAAGAAUAAGCAUUCCCAGGUUGGUUAAAUUGAACAACGCUUUGCGUUUUUUCUCAGGUUUUAUGAUGCGAACCUUUUUUCCUAUUCGUUUUUCUUUCAGUUUACCUGCACGAAAAACAUUUCAAACUUUUUGGAUUUUUGUCGUACAAAAUUUGGUAUGAAAGAAGAAGAUUUGUUCACUUCCGCUGAUCUGUUUUAUAUGACGGGAUUUCAAAAAUGCUUGAAUACUUUGUCAAUUCUAUCACAUUCUCCUGAAUCCUUGGCUAAAGAUGUUUCGCCUUUUCCUGAUUCGGAAACACCCACAAAUGAGCAAUCACCAUCGAGUUCAUUCACUCAAAACGGCGAUGAUGAUAUUUACCAAAGUCUCACUGAUAAUAUUGAAAACGUUGAUCCAGAUACAACCAUUUAUGCAAAACUCAAAGGGUAGGUAUAUUUUUUCUGAAAUUAGUAUCAAAUGUGUUUAUUUUUUAGCGAUGAUCCCGAAGGCCAACACAAUGAACAACUCUACGAUCAUAUUGUUAUGGCAAGAAAAAGUAGUAUGAAUGAACAUGACGUAAGUUUCAUCCGCAUUUUUUUUUUCAAAAUCAAUUGGUAAAUGAAAAACUUUCAGGCUUCACCAAGUGUAAAAAGAAACAAAUGUAUGAUGGAGUUAUUGGACACAGAGAAAAAUUAUGUUGAAAAUGCAUUGACAAAAAUAAUCAAACAUUUCUAUGAGCCUCUCAAAGGAAUCAUUCCACAUGACGAUUAUCGAGUGGUUUUUGGAAAUAUCGAAAACCUUCUUGCACUUCAUAAAUUAAUGUUAGAAGAUAUUCGAUCAGUUGUGUCAUUUUCAUUGGGAACACCAAUUGAUCCACCAGCAAGGCCCACUUCACUUAUGCAUCUUCAAGAUCCACCAAAAUAUGUGGGAGAAGUGUUUGUGAAGUUUCGUGAUAAUCUUCUGGAAUAUGGGCAAUAUUGUAGUAAUUUGAAAGAGAGUCGAGAGACGACAAAUCGAUUGAUUGAAACCAACGAUUUUAUUCGAAAGAAUAUUGAGGAUUGCCAGAAAUUUGAUAAAAAUCAAUUUAGUAUGCAGGAUUUGCUAUCGGUUCCAUUUCAAAGAAUCACCAAGUAUCCAUUGCUUAUCAAAGAAUUGAUUAAGAAAACUGAUCCUUCAAGUCCGGAAAUGUCGUCGCUUAUGGAUGCUAAUGAAAUUCUUGUGGAUAUUUGUGAUUAUGUGAAUGAUAUGCUUCGUGAUACUGAAACUUUGAAAUGUAUUUCGGAAAUUGAGAAAAGUAUUGUUGAUUUGUCAAUGGUGAGUAAUUCAAAUUCAUUGAAGCUUUGAUAGAAAUUGAUAUUCGAAUAGUCUUUAUAACAAUUUUUUACUAGAAUAUGUAUUGCUAUUUAUAAAAGAACCAAUUCCCAGUUUUUCUGCAUUCCAUGUGAAUUUACGAUAAACAACAGGCGCUCGGAGUGUCGUUAGUUAAUCAUUCAUUAAUUCACAUACAUACUCUCAAAAACAUCCAGAACUAUGAGAACACUGCACAUAAAUUCAUUAUUUUUUUUCAGCCAGCUAAUGUACGCCUGAAAGACUAUGGACGUGUCAAUUUUGAUGGUGAAGUUAAGAUGGCUGAAUCAACUGCUUCACAAAUCGGAAAAACAAAACCAAGAUAUGUUUUCAUAUUUGACAAAGUUCUUGUGAUUUGCAAAUCGUCAAACAAAAACACCAACUUCACAUAUAAAAAUGCGUUUGUUAUCAGUGAAUUAUCAGUGGAUAUGAAUGUAUCAAUUGACACAAAAACCAGUGGAACAAUAACAAGAAGAACUCAAUAUGUGAUUCAUUUACAUCGUGAUCGAACAGAAUUGAAUGAGAUUAUUCACAUUGCCGUGUAUUUUAAAAAUGAAUCGUCACGCAAAAAAUGGUUAGACGCCUUCAUUCUUUCCAAGUAAGAUUCAUUUUUCUAGAUUAUAAGUUUUAAACAAUUUUAUAAACGUUUUCAGGACAAAUGGAAGUCCAACGGAAUUGAUCAAAGAUACCAAUCACAAGGUCACACUGACAUCAUUCAAUCCGGAUGUGAAACAUCCGGAAGAGUGUGGCGUUUGUGGAAAAUUGAUGAAAGGAUUGUACUUCCAGGGUUAUAGAUGUGAUCGUAAGUGAUUUUUGUUGAUGGAAAUUCAUCUAGAUUUUCAAAAGCUCAUCUAAUUAUCAUUUGUAAAAUUUACGUUUCAGAUUGUCAUCUGAGUAUUCACAAAGAUUGUCUCAAAAUCAAAAGAUGCGAAGCUGUUCGUCGCACUUCAGAACCAAGAAACACGCAAAGUUUCAACACAAAUCGUCCUCGCCAAAGUUGUGAGUUAUUUUUCAAAAUUUUAUUUUAAAAACCAGUUCAUAAUCCGAUUAUUCCAAACAUUUUGAAAAAAAAUGAAAUCAAUUUUACAGACACAUGUGGUGAAAUCGUUGUUGCUACAAGCAGUUUUGCGCCAUCUGAUUUGAGCUAUCUCCAAUUCCGAAAAGACGAUCGGAUUGAGGUUCUUCAAAUCCAUCAAAACAAUAAAUUCACUGGUUGUUUGGUUAAUAAUCGUUCAAGAACUGGAUUGGUUAAUAUUGAUCGUGUGACAAGAGCUCGUGUGAGUGCUUUUUAGAUUAGAACAUUUUUAUCAAAAGAACACUGUUUCAAUUUUGUGCUGUGCUUUUUCAAUAUUUGAUAUGAGUCAUAUCAACACAAUUUUUUAUUAUUGUUGUAGAGUUUUUGAAAUAUUUUUCUCAAUAUCAAAUGCUUCAUAUUUUUAUCAGAAGCUUCUGCUUUUUCAAAAGCUUUUUGUAUGCAUAUAUAUGUAUGUUUUCUAAAAAUUAUUUUUUCAGACAAAUUCGAUGAUUGGUUUGAGCCCAGCUGGUGGUCAAAGUCCCGCGGGCAGCAUUUUUCCGCGAUUGGAUCGCAAAGAAUCGACAGUGUUGCCGAAAAAACCAGACUCACUUUUAUCUGAUGGGUUAGUUUUUUUUCUUUUUUUCAUACAUUUCGCGAGAAAAAUUCAAAUUCCUAUGGUUUUCUUCGUGGCAACGUAAGCAAAAAACUUUUCAUGUGACACAAUUUCAUACAUAAAAAAGGUGAAAUCGAUUUUUGCAGAAGUCAAUUUUCGACGGCUCCACGUGCCGCUUCAAGAUCAUUGACAAAUGGAUCAACAAGUGGCGCCAGUAGCAGUAGCAGCAAUAAUCGACACCAGGAUUAUGUGAACACCGAGAUUGCGGAAUUCCCUUGGUAUAUGAAUGAGAUGGAGAGAAAUGUGGCGGAGAGCAUUUUGAGAGGAACUUUGAAUGGAACAUUUUUGGUUCGAUUUAGUAAAAAUCGCAAUCAAUAUGCGAUUAGUCUCAGGUAAACAUUUUUUGAUUUGAAGAUGAUUCUUGUAUUCUCUAAUUGAUCUUUGAAAAAUGUUUCAAGAGUUUUAGAAAAUUAUUAUUUUUUGAAUUGACGUGUAUUCAGAAAAGUUUCGAAAUUUUGAAUUCGAAGCUAAAAAUCAGAAGCAACUUAGUUCUUCCUGAAAUAAACCCUCCGGACAUCUUUUCACAAAAACAAACUUCAAAUUAAUAAUCAAUCCAAACUAAACACCAUCUCCACUAAAAAUCUCUUACUCUUUCAGCUUCAAAGGUGAUGUAAGACAUAUGAUUGUGGAACAAAAUAAAGAUGAGAAAGUUUAUCUGGAUGAAGGUUAUAUCUUCAAUUCAAUAGUCGAAUUGGUUCAAUAUUAUCGUGAGAAUAAUUUGAUCGAAAUUUUUGCAAGUCUUGAUACCACACUCAAAUAUCCUUAUCAACAGUGUAAAGUAAGUUGCGAAUUUGUAGAUCACGAACAAAACAAUAAAUAUUGUUGUUUCAGAUGUUCAAAGCAAUUCACGAUUACGAAGCCACCCAUCCCGCACCAGAUGGAAAAUUCCUCUCACUUCGUGUUGGUGACAUUGUCACUUUGUUAGAUACAGUUGGUGAGGAUCGUGGUUGGUGGAAGGGUCAAGUCAACAAUCAAACCGGAUUUUUCCCCUUAACUUAUGUUGAAGCUAUUAAUAAUUUUGCCAAAACAGUUCAAGAUAUUAAAAUUGUGUAG